AUAAUUAAUUCGAAAGAGAAAAUGGCCAUACUACCGCGGAUAGCCAUGACCUUCCUCAUGGUCCUAAGCGCAGAAGUUCACAGUCAGGAGUUACUCCUGUCUAUGACACCGCAAGACAUGACAGUAUUAGUCGACGAAGUGCGGUACGUUGAUAUUAAAGUUGGGAAUGGUGUAGUCAACCAGAAUGCAACCAUAAUAUUUGAAAGAGAGCAUCCUCAUCUGAUUGACGUCGUUCCAUCGUUUAUUGAAAUCUAUUCAGACGGACCGAGAGAAUUUAUGAUAACAGUGCUGGGAAAGAGCCCUGGACAUUCGCUGGUCACAACGAACAUCACCGAGAAUACGGUCAUAAAUGAAAGUGAUUUAUUCUUGAGAGUAACGAUAGCCGUCUCCAGUCCACUGAUUGUGAUAUCUGAAGUUGUUGGCUGGAUAUAUUUUGCAGCUUGGUCAGUGUCGUUUUAUCCUCAAAUUUAUAUUAAUUUCAGCCGAAGAAGUGUGGUCGGUUAUAGUUUCGAUUAUGCAUCGCUGAACAUUGUUGGAUUUGUUAUGUACUCCGCGUUCAAUUGUGGCCUGUUCUGGAAUAAAUACAUUCAGGCUGAAUAUUUCCAACGAUUUCCCCAAGGCUUAAAUCCUGUGUUGAUAAACGAUGUGGUGUUUGCGUUGCAUGCUGUUGUUGCAACGAUCGUCAUUAUUAUUCAGUGCUGUGUUUACGAACGAGGCGAACAGCGAGUAUCGAUUUUGGCAAGAAUUAUAUUGGGGGUUUAUGGAAUUUGUACGAUUGUAAUGGCUAUACUGGGCGGUGUGAAUGUGGUUCAUUGGUUGGAUUUCCUCUACUACUGCAGCUACGUAAAGUUGAGCAUAACUAUCAUGAAGUAUAUUCCUCAGGCUGUACUGAACUAUCGACGAAAAAGUACCGUAGGUUGGAGCAUAGAAAAUAUUCUCCUCGAUUUUACCGGUGGAAUGCUAAGUAUGCUACAGAUGUUACUAAACGGAUACAAUUACGAUGACUGGGUGUCCAUAUUCGGUGAUCCCACAAAAUUCGGUCUGGGCCUAUUUUCGGUGUGUUUCGAUAUUUUAUUUAUGGUUCAACAUUAUGGUCUUUACAGACACAGCAGAAAAACAGUAAAAAAAGAUGAGAAUGUGAUUGAAAGUGAUAAUAAAGUUGAAGAAUAAAAGAGUGAUCCUCGACAGUUUGUGAA